CUGUUCUGUGUUACGAGCACAGCUUACGAGUAACGACUUACGACACAUCAACACUCAAUAAUAGAUAAAUAAUUAAUAGUAAAAAUAAAAUAUUAUUUGAUACAAAUAAAGGUACAAAACAAAUUAUUAUUAUUUUAUAUUAUAUUCAAGUGAUUAGACGGCUAAGAGGAAAUUUUGUUGAAAGGGGUUAAGGAUUCAGGAUGUUAAGAGGAAUAAAAAUAUGGACUCCAAAAGCGUUCACCUUAGAACCGUACAUCACAUCUCUAAAUUUAGUCUGCAAUUACACUUCUGCAAAAUCAGCUACAAACAGCCAGCAACUGCCUCGUCUGCCAGUACCAAAAUUAGAUGAUACUCUCAGAAAAUUUUUAAAAUCUGUUCAACCUUUCCUAAAUGAUGAAGAGUCUGUAAAAACUUCUGGUCUCAUUAAACAAUUUAAUAGUAACAUGGGAGUAGGACCAAAACUGCAGGAAUUAUUAGUACAACAUGCGACCAAACAUCAAAAUUGGCUUGAGGAGUGGUGGAUUAACACAGCAUAUCUUGAAUACCGGGACCCUGUUGUUGUUUUUUCAAGCCCAGGACUUGUUUAUCCUAUUCAAAAAUUCAGAAAUGAAUCUGAUCAAUUGGAAUAUGCUGCUAAAACGUUGCUAGCCGCUUUGGAAUAUAAAUCCAUGAUUGACAAAGAUGAGAUACCUGUUGAGAUGAUGGGCAAGAAUCCUUUAGAUAUGUGUCAGUACAAAAAAAUAUUUGGGACAUGCAGAAUUCCGCAUGAAAAGAGAGAUAAACUAUCAUACAAUGACAGUAAAUAUGUAACAGUCAUCCAUAAUAACCAUCUAUUUCAUUUAGACCUUUGGGGGAGUGACGGUAAGAAAUUGAGUCAGCAACAAAUCAUUGAAGCCCUCAAGACAAUAAAAAAAUUGUCAUGCAAUCCUAAUAAUGAAGGUGUGGGCAUUUUGAGUUCUGAAAACAGAGACACCUGGGCAAAGGCCUAUGAACUUCUCAGUAAAGAAGCAGUAAAUCGUGAAUCGUUAUUGGACAUUGAACGCAGCCUAGCAGUGCUGUGUCUGGAUCGCGCAGUCGGUGUGCAUGACGCGCGCUCGGAUUGGCAACGCCGCACACUGGCCGCCGCGCAAACCAUCCACGGUGGAGGCGCCGCCAGCAACGGUGCCAAUCGCUGGUUCGAUAAAACUAUACAGUUUAUUGUCGGCGAGGAUGGAGUAACUGGCCUGACAUAUGAACACUCCCCCGCUGAGGGGCAGCCUAUUGCGGUGAUGACGGAUUUUAUUAUCAAUAGCAUAAACAAGGGCUCCAGUAAAGCUGAAUCAUCGGCAAGCCCAAAGAAUCCGAUAAAAUUAAAAUUCAAAAUCAGUGAUGAGGUAUCACAAAUGAUAGAAGCUGCCAAGACCAAUCUGGAUAAGUUGGUGGAUGAUUUGGAGUUGAAUUGCUUCAAAUAUGAUAAAUAUGGCAAAAACUUUAUCAAAUCACACAAGUUCAGCCCUGACAGCUACUUGCAGAUGGCAAUGCAAUAUGCAUUUUACAGGUUACACCAAACGCCGGGAGCGCACUACGAGUCCGCGGCGACCCGAAUGUUCGCGGGCGGACGCACAGAGACUAUCCGCUCGUGCUCGCCGGAGUCCAUUGAGUUCGCUAAGGCGAUGUUGGACACGAAGGCUGAUCCUAAGCUGAAGAUGCAAACCAUGUCUAAAGCAAUAUCAGCUCAUAAGGACUACACCGUACAGGCUCUGCAGGGUCUAGGUGUAGACCGGCAUUUGCUGGGCUUGAAAUUAAUUGCAAAGGAGAAUGGAAUUGAAGUGCCCGAGCUGUACUCCGAUGCAGGUUAUGUGCGGAGCGCGCAUAUGAGAAUAUCAACUAGUCAGGUCGCGUGUAAGAGCGACGGGUUCAUGUGCUACGCGCCGCUGGUCGCUGAUGGCUAUGCCACGUGCUACAACCCGCGCGACCUCGACAUCAACUUCGCCACGGCCGCCUUCCGCCGCCACCCCGACACCGGCUGCGAGCCCUACCGCCGCGCGCUCGAGCAGUCACUCCAGGACAUGCAUGACCUGCUGCUGCUCAACACCAAGUCCAAGCUGUAGACCCACACAUCACCCCCACUCGACACCCCAUCGGCUCCUCUCGCUCAAACAAACCUUCACAACUCUAUAACUGGGUUGCAUUGACUAACUUUAACAAUAGCAAACAUGUUAAAGUACCGGUUAACGGCCGUUUUCAAUCACGGAUAUAUUGGUAUAACUGUUUAAUGACAAGAUGUUAUCUAUCCAUAGGUUUGUCCAAUAUAGUUUUAUUCCGUUGCUUUAUGUCGAUAGUUUUUUUUUAUGGAAUAGGAGGACAAACGAGCGUACGGGUCACCUGUUGUUAGUGAUCACCGCCGCCCACAAUCACUUGCAACACCAGAGGAAUCACAGGAGCGUUGCCGGCCCUUAAGGAAGGUGUACGCGCUUUUAUUAAGGUUAUUGAAAUGUCAGUAAGCUUAAAGGAUAGAUUUGUCUACCUCUAGUGAGUUAAACUAAGGAUAGAUAUGUUAUUGGAAACGGCCGUAGGUAAACAAUGAGUUGCACCAUUUGACAAUUUUAGAUGACGUCAUAGCUUUAACUGUUAACCGUAACAGUCCAAUCUUCGCCGCUUAAAGCUAUAGUUAAUGUUAAAUAGCUAAAGAGCGACCUGUCAAAAGUUUCUAAUAACGAUUCGAUUAUGACUUGAUAUUUCACUUUUUAACUUGAACUUUGCCAAUGCAUAUUCAUUCAUGUCACAACGCAUUCCACAGUCUAAGUAAAAGUCAGUGUAACAGUUAACGUUAAAUUUGACUACUAACUAUAACAACUAAUAUGAUGCAACCCAACCUAAGACAUUAACUGCAAUCUACAUGGAUUACAGUAUUAAUGGUUGACACUCCCAAAAUAUAUUUUUAUAUUAAACACGAAAGUGUGUUAGAUAAAUGUGUAUAGUGUAAUUUACACUGAUUUGUUUUGAAUGAUCUUAUCAGGAACCAAUAUUAUAUUGUGUAAUAUAGUUACAUUUAAGUAUAGCAUAUUAGUGAGUACCCGUCUUAACAAAUUAAUAUAAUUACAGAAACAUAUUCAUCGUAUAAUAACCGUUAUAAUAUUAUUACUUAAUAUAAUAUAAAAAAUAUUUGCUUCCAUUAGUUUUAAUGUCAGUAGUCAUCAAGGCUUUAGGAGUGACACAUUAAAUAAAAUUAUGAAGUAUUUAUAUACAUAUUAAUAUUCACCCACGGACGAGUAAAAUAAGAAGGACUCCGUGUCACCUUGCAUAACAGUGUAGCACCAAAACAAGCCGAUUAACGUGUAAAUACAUAGCCCCACGCACACACUUACACUACUACAGGCCGAUAGGCGGCCAUUAUGAGAAUUAUUGUCAUCGUCUGUGACAGAUCAGUUUGCGUCUCAAUAAAAUAUUUUAAACAUGCCGUCGUGCGUUGUGAAAAAGUGUAAAAACGAUACUAUAUAAGUAUUUGUGGCCAUAUAUGAUUAUUUAAGGGAGAAAAAAUUGUGUAACUGGUAUACCCCGUAACCGCACACACACUAGCAUAACGGUGCUUCACUUGCUAAUAUCACGGCGCGGAGUCCUUCUUUUUUUACUCGUCCGUGACAUAGACCUACAUUUUAUCUCAAAAAUUCUAUAAUUAGUUGAUUGGUAGCCGAUGGUUUGUGUUCCCUUUUUAUCUUUUGUUUUGCUUUGGUGGAGGUGACAUCCUUAAAUAUGCUUUGAAAAGUAUAAUAUAAAAGUACUUUAUUCCGAAGUCACUGCGAUUUUUUAUGUAUUUAGUUAGUAUAUAAAUUUAUUAAGUAUGACAAAUACCUGCUGAAAUUAAAAAUAUGUAUUAUUUAAAAGAGUUAUCAUACUACCCUCACUAUUAUAUACAAAUAUUAAAGUAGUCUCAAAUUAAGCCAUAAAACUGGUCAUUAUUAGUUGAAAAGACAUAAUGUAAUUAUGUAAAUACACAAUAAUAUUAUUUAUGUAUUUGAUAUUUUAUGAAUUGGUGUUAUUUAGUAUUUAACAUGUGUAAGUAAUGAUAUGUUAUAUUGAAUCAGGGUCCAAUUUUUUAUGAAAUAUACUCCUAGCCUAUAUUUAAGUGGAAAAGCCGUGUUAAUUUUGUAUGCAUAUGUUUUUUAUAGCUAGAUUGAAAUAUAUUUUUUUUCUAUAUUUUAA